AUGGAAGAACAGUUCAGUCGUCAUCAUGGACCACAGAAGAGAUCGUACCACAAGGAAGCACUCGUGUGGAAGACGACUUGUGGAGAAGACACGCGAACCACAUGCGUGGAGAAAAGCACCGGAGAGUUAGCUGUGAGAAGACUGAAGGUCCCAACUGCCGUUCAACCAAGAAGACAGAGAGUACCAUUGUAUGGCAAAGACGAUCGCCAACAAGGAAAAUGCGCCAUGGACAAUGUCGAGCGUGGAGCACAAACCAUCGUGUUGCCGACAACGACUCGACCACCCCGACAGUCGAUUGCAAGCCGAUCCGAAGAUGGAGAUGUACGCGAUGCGUUCACCUUAGGAGAGGUGUAG